GUUCUGUGAUUAUCAAAUGAUAGAGUAUUAUUCUUCUGUGGUGAUCAAAGAUUACAAUAUUAUACUGGUGAUUAUUAUGCGUGUGUAAAUAAUGUCAAAUUGUUUCGUACGGUUGUUUCAUUAAAUUGCAGUAUUUUUAGUGGUAUCACAUGAUACCAACAAUAGUUUCAUGUAUUUAUUGCAGUGGAAUUACAGCAUAAAAUAGUGCAAUGACAACUAACACGCGAGCAGCAGUUUCUCAAAUAUUGCGCACUAAAGAUGAAGGAGGCGAAGAAGAAGAUGAACCGAAAAAGAAGUCCAGAGAGGACUGGCGGAAGGCUAAAGAGCUUGAAGAAGCUAGAAAAGCUGGUACAGCUCCUGCAGCUGUCGAUGAAACAGGAAAGGAUAUAAACCCACAUAUUCCUCAGUAUAUUUCCUCUGCACCAUGGUAUUAUGGCACAAGUGGACCUACUUUAAAACACCAACGGCCUCAAGAAGACAGGGAAGCACAGUUUACAAAAUUAGACACAUACUACAAUAAAGGAGUUGAUGCAACAAAAGUGGUAACAAAAUAUAGAAAAGGAGCUUGUGAAAACUGUGGUGCAAUGACGCACAAAAAGAAAGAUUGUUUGGAUAGACCUAGGAAGAUCGGAGCCAAAUUCACAAAUGUUGGCAUAGCGCCAGAUGAAUUUGACCAGCCAAACUUGAAUCUCAGUUAUGAUGGUAAAAGGGACAGAUGGAAUGGGUAUGAUCCCGCUCAACAUAAAGCUAUAAUUGAAGAAUACCAAAAGGUGGAGGAGGCCAAGAGAGAGUUGCGUGCAAAGAAAUUGGAGCAAGAUCCAUCAGCAACAGAAGAUGACGAUAACUGUGGUGAAGAUGAAGACAAGUAUGUGGACGAAGUUGACAUGCCCGGAACAAAGGUGGAUUCGAAGCAGCGUAUCACGGUACGAAACUUGCGGAUAAGAGAAGACACAGCGAAGUAUCUCCGCAACCUGGACCCUAAUUCAGCUUACUAUGACCCGAAGACUCGAUCUAUGAGAGACAACCCCAAUCCUAUCGCUACCGAAUCUGAGUACGCGGGCGAGAACUUCGUCCGUUUCACUGGAGACACCCGCAACCACGCCGCCGCUCAAGUGUUCGCGUGGGAAGCACAAGCCAGAGGGCUGGAUGUACAUCUACUGGCUGAACCCACCAAGCUGCAGAUGCUGCAGAAACAGUACCAGGAGAAGAAGGACCACUUCAAAACACAGGUGAAGCAAUCGGUCCUGGAGAAGUAUGGUGGUGAGGAACACCUGCAGGCGCCGCCGAGGGAACUGCUACUGGCGCAGACCGAGGUGUUCACGCGAUACAACAGGGACGGCACACUGGCCGAGGGACCGGAGAAACAGCUAGCCAAGAGUAAAUAUGAAGAAGACGUGUUAAUCAACAACCACACUACUGUAUGGGGCUCGUACUGGCACGACGGACAGUGGGGCUACAAAUGUUGCCAUUCCUUCAUUAAGAUGUCCUAUUGUGUUGGUGAAGCGGGCAAGUCUGUGGUGAUAGAAGUACAAGACAUAGAGAAGGCAACCACGAGUGCUGCCAUUACCAAAGAUGUUUCAGAGAAAAAUGAAAAAGAGAAGAGUGACAGUUCAUCAUCGUCAUCUUCGUCGGAAUCCAGUUCGGACAGUAGUUCCUCUGACUCAGAGAAGGAUCACAGAAGUAAAACAGAGAAGACCAGCAAAAAGAAGAAAAGUAAGAAGAAGGCUAAAAAGAAAAAGAAGAAAAAUCUUAAAAAAGAAAAGAAGGAAGAGGAUAAACUCAAGAAGGCUCUGGAAGCUGAAGAGAGGCAACAGCGUCAUGCCAAAUAUCUACUGACGAUAGACGAGCGAAAACGUGCAUACAAUAGCAUGGUGGAAGUGAAGGCACCCACUGAGGAAGAAAUGGAGGCCUACAUGAUGAAGAGGCGUCGCGAAGAAGAUCCUAUGAGUCAAUUUUUAUAAUGUAUUUAACUAUAAUGUAAUAUAAUAUAAUAAACGAAAAAGAUUUGAUGUUAUAUGAAAUAAAUGAAGUUGGCUCUAUUAU